AGGUGACCAUCACGUAUUCUGCCACGUAGCUCGGUACCUGGCAGCGCAGCACGGCUGUGUUGCCGCUGAUGACGUACUCGUCGUAUACCUGCACCUCAUAUUUCUGCUUCACCACUGCAACCAGCAUCCUGUAAUAGAUUGGCAACAUCGCAAACGCAUUGUGUGGAGUCAGGAGAUUGGUGAUUGCUGUGUUUGUCGUGUAUCGAAGUUUUGCGACAUUUAGAAGAUAAAUAAUGGCAGAGGGACGAAAUCCUGAUGAUUUGGCAACUGCAAUUCUGCGCAAAAAGGAUCGUCCUAAUAGACUUGUUGUCCAAGAGGCAGUUAAUGAUGAUAACUCAGUUGUUGCCUUGUCACAGCACAAGAUGGAUGAGUUGCAGUUGUUUCGAGGCGAUACAGUGCUGUUGAAAGGCAAGCGAAGAAAAGAAACUGUUUGUAUUGUGCUGUCAGAUGAUACUUGCCCAGAUGAAAAGAUUCGAAUGAAUCGAGUUGUGAGGAAUAACUUGCGUGUCCGCUUGUCAGAUAUAGUUUCUGUACAACCAUGUCCAGAUGUUAAGUAUGGCAAGAGGAUCCAUGUGCUGCCCAUUGAUGAUACAGUGGAAGGGCUUACAGGGAACCUUUUUGAAGUAUAUUUGAAACCAUACUUCCUUGAAGCUUAUCGUCCUAUUCACAAGGAUGAUGCCUUCAUUGUUCGAGGCGGAAUGCGUGCUGUUGAGUUUAAGGUGGUGGAGACGGACCCUCCUCCAUACUGCAUAGUUGCUCCAGAUACGGUCAUCCAUUGUGAGGGAGAGCCAAUCAAGAGAGAGGAAGAAGAGGAGGCUCUGAAUGCAGUAGGGUAUGAUGAUAUAGGAGGGUGUCGAAAGCAGCUUGCUCAAAUUAAGGAGAUGGUGGAACUACCUCUGCGACAUCCAAGCCUGUUUAAGGCCAUUGGUGUCAAACCACCACGUGGCAUCUUGCUGUAUGGUCCCCCUGGCACUGGGAAGACGCUGAUUGCACGCGCUGUGGCUAAUGAAACCGGAGCGUUCUUCUUCCUUAUAAAUGGACCAGAAAUUAUGAGCAAGCUAGCAGGAGAAUCUGAAAGCAAUCUACGCAAAGCUUUUGAAGAAGCUGAUAAAAAUGCUCCAGCCAUUAUCUUUAUUGAUGAACUGGAUGCCAUUGCUCCAAAACGUGAAAAGACUCAUGGUGAAGUGGAGCGACGCAUUGUCUCACAGCUUCUCACACUAAUGGAUGGCCUCAAACAAAGUUCCCAUGUGAUUGUCAUGGCUGCAACUAACAGACCUAACUCAAUUGAUGGUGCACUAAGGCGCUUUGGGCGCUUUGAUCGUGAAAUUGACAUUGGCAUCCCAGAUGCAACUGGGAGAUUGGAAAUUCUUCGAAUUCACACAAAGAAUAUGAAACUGGCUGAUGAUGUAGACCUGGAACAGAUAGCUGCUGAGACCCAUGGCCAUGUUGGUGCUGACUUAGCUUCGCUGUGCUCUGAAUCUGCUCUGCAGCAGAUCAGAGAGAAAAUGGAUCUGAUUGACUUGGAGGACGAUCAGAUAGAUGCAGAGGUUCUUAGUUCCCUGGCUGUGACAAUGGAGAACUUCAGGUACGCAAUGAGCAAGAGCAGCCCAAGUGCUCUACGCGAGACAGUGGUAGAGGUGCCCAACGUUACCUGGGAGGACAUCGGAGGUCUUGAGAAUGUCAAGCGGGAGCUGCAGGAGCUGGUACAGUACCCAGUGGAGCACCCUGACAUGUUCCUCAAGUUUGGUAUGCAGCCUUCACGUGGUGUGUUGUUCUAUGGCCCACCUGGCUGUGGUAAAACUCUCUUGGCCAAGGCCAUUGCCAACGAGUGUCAAGCAAAUUUCAUCUCAGUAAAAGGACCGGAAUUGCUUACUAUGUGGUUUGGGGAGUCGGAGGCCAAUGUUCGGGAUGUUUUUGAUAAGGCUCGUGCAGCUGCCCCUUGCGUGUUAUUCUUCGAUGAAUUGGAUUCCAUUGCGAAGUCUCGUGGUGGAAGUGUAGGAGAUGCUGGUGGGGCUGCAGAUAGGGUGAUAAACCAGAUAUUGACUGAAAUGGAUGGUAUGGGUGCCAAAAAGAAUGUAUUCAUCAUUGGAGCAACCAACCGUCCUGAUAUUAUUGACCCAGCAAUUCUGCGACCUGGUCGACUAGACCAACUCAUUUACAUUCCACUACCUGAUGAGAAAUCAAGGGAAGCCAUUUUCAGGGCUAGCCUAAGGAAGUCUCCAGUAGCAAGGGAUGUUGACAUGACCUAUAUUGCCAAGGUAACACAUGGUUACUCUGGUGCUGACCUCACAGAAAUAUGUCAGCGUGCAUGUAAGCUGGCCAUUCGUCAGAGUAUUGAAGCUGAGCUCAGGCGUGAGAGGGAACGGGCUAACAAUCAGAACCUUGAUAUGGAUAUGGAUGAAGAGGAUCCAGUUCCAGAAAUAACACGAGCUCAUUUUGAGGAAGCCAUGAGAUUUGCCCGUAGGUCUGUGUCAGACAAUGACAUCCGCAAAUAUGAGAUGUUUGCUCAGACACUACAGCAGUCAAGGGGUUUUGGAACUAAUUUCAGAUUCCCCAAUGCAAACCCAGGCAGCAGUUCUCAAGGUGGAACUGGGGGAGAUCAGGGAAAUUUUCAAGAUGAUGGAGAUGAUGAUCUCUAUAGUUAAGUCAUGUGAGUCAUGAAUAAGUGACACAAUUAAUCAUCAUGCAUUAUCAUACAGUUGUAACCAAGUUGAGAGGAACUGUGGCCAACCAGUUUCAUUAGCUUGAAGACUGUUGGGCACUUGUUAAGGACACGCCUUUAUUAAAGUUUGGUUUGUGUGCAAGAGGUUGCCUGCUAAUAGAUGAGUAUCUUCUUAGUUUUCACAUUUGUAUUUUCAAUAUAAAUUCUUAACCCCGGUUGUUUUUUGUGGAUUUAUGUGAUGUAACCUGACUUUUCUUAUUACCUCUUUAUGCUGGAUUAGUGGCUGGUUUCAAGAAUUUGAUGAUAUUCAUGCAACACCUCUUUAAAAAAAGUUUACACAAAAUAGAGCCAGUUAUGUUUCUGAUGUUAUUGUGAUUUAAACCAUAUGUAUUUAUGUUUCAAGUUCAAAUAACAAAAGGGUUCCAACUGGAAUUGAAAAUUUAAGAAGUUUGUUGUGUAUUUAAGCAGUCUGAUGGUAAUUUUAGUGGCAUAGAAUAUUUUAAAUACAUUUAACUUAUUUUAAAUGUGAAAUACAGCUUUGAGUAUAAUGAAGUGGAUAUUCCUAAGUGAUUUACUUUGUGUAGGUGCCUAGUUUCAGGCAGGUGGUAUGUACUUUAUGGAUGUAAAUGGUUGAUUUGUCAUCUUGAUGCUGAUUGAAUUCCAUGCAAUGAGCUGAUUUUUGUUCAUUGCUUAACAUGAUGAAAAUUUUCUAUAUGCCAAGUUCCCCAAUAAGGUUAAAAUAACUUACAGAAUUUGUCAGUUUUCCUCAUAUCACCACUUGGUCACACUGUUCCUUAUACUUGUUUCCUUGUCUUUUAGAAUCCUUCAUUUAUUCAGGUCAUAUUAUUCCAUUAAUUUCCAGAUCCCAGUCCGAUCCUGUAUUAGAACUUCUUCACUGAUACAACUAGUGAGAAUCAUCACUCAGACUAAGUUUCCCUUUGACUGGAUCAACAACUACAUGCAAGUUAAAAGUUCACAUUUUCAGUACAAGAUGUCGUAUUGAGCUUUGGGUGUAGGGGGCAGACAUAUUGGCCACUUUACAAAAUGUAUAAAGACAAGUGUACAUUUUUGUGCACUGUUCUGUUGAUAUUAAAUGGAUUGUGGAAGGUUCAAAUUUAAAAUAAAGUCAUUAUAAAAUUU